UAAAGCAACAUCUGAGCCUGCUGAGUCAAUAACAUCUGAAAUUGGGAAGACCACAUCACCAGUGAACCAUACCAGUCCAACUGAAACACUUACUUCUCAGUCUGCUGGUACCACCUUGGCAUCUGUACCAACUAGUCAAACAGAUUCAGUAACAUCUGCACCUGAGCAAACCAAUCCUACUGACAAAGUAACCUCUGUAUCUGGCCAGACAACCACAUCACCUGAAUCUCCAGGUUCACCGACAUUUGAGCCUGCUGGUACCAGCUCUGUAUCGGAAUCAAUAAGUCCAACCAAUUCAGUCACAUCACAGCCAACACAGACUACUUCACCAACAGAACCUACAGAUUCUACAGAUACAGUCACAUCUGAUCAUGUUGGUACCACCAUGUCAUCCAUUAAACCAACCAGUCCAACCAACACAGUAACAACUGAAUCUGUUAAGACCACAUCAUCAGCUGAAACAACCUCCACAACAGAUUCACCAUCUACCCUACCAACUAUAGCUCCAUCCUUACCUCCAACAGAACCACCAACCAAAACACCAUCUUUACCAACUACACAACCAACCACACCAUCUACCAAACCUACAUCUCUUCCACCAGCUAUUGAGCCUGCUACCGUCGACAGGCCAGUUGUUGUGAAUGUGGUGAUCAAUGAGGAAUUUAAAGACAAAUAUGAAGACAAAAAUUCCCCUGAAUACAGAGACUUUGUUGGAAACUUCACCAACCAGAUGGAAAGAUAUUACAAAGCAAAGAAGAUACCAAACUUUAAAGAAGUGGUGGUAACUAGUGUCAGCCGUGGAACCCCUACGGUCAGAUUCUCAGUUAACACUGUGGAAGAGAUGAGAUUAUCAGUUGAAGCCAUGGCUGUCUACAGUAUCACACCAAGAACAAAAGGUGUUAGUGUUACACAUGACGUGGUUUUGGCGAUCCCAAACAACAGCAGCCAAGAAGAUCUAUAUGAUUUCGACUUCAAUGCAGUUGAGAAGGCUGUUGGCCAGCUUGUUGGCUGCACAGCAGAUUGUCCCUACGAUGUAACAACUACGCCUGUAGUGAAUAAAACAGAAAUUGGAUCUGUAUGUAAAAGUGUUGUGGGCAAUUCAGAUGCUGUUGAAUACUACGAAUCUGUGCUUGUUGAUGGAGCCAUCACGUGUGUGACUGUAUGCAACAGUCUACAUCCACACCCUAAAACAUGCUACAAUAAGGGAAUCUGCAGACUGUUCAGUAGCACUGGACCUCUUUGCCAGUGCCUAAAUGUGGAUUCCACUUGGUACUUGGGCAAUGACUGUAGCUACCCUAUAGUGAGGACUGCUUUCUACAUAGGGUUAAGUGUGACCCUUGCUUGCCUGUUGGUGUCUCUGGGAGUCUUAACUGCAUACCUGGUGAUCAACAAACGCAAGGAAUCACUGAAUAAAGACAUUAAAAACCAACAGGUGAAUCAGUGGAUGGCUGAAGACUUUGAGUGGUCCAGAGCCAACAGCGUCACUGGCACAAAUGAUGCUGAAGGGUUGGGAAACCCUGCAUUCGCACCUGAAGUAUCAGCCAUCCACAGAGACGUUUAUGUACAUCCUGCACCUGUCUACCAGCUCACCCAACCAUCUUUGGACACUGACAGCAGACAGUGGAGCCCGUCGGCUGACAGUCACAACGCUCCCUCUUUUGAUGCUGGAUUCUCAUGGUCUGACAGCAUACCCCACAGAGUCAUUCCAACAAACCCGAUGAUAAUCAACAGACCUCAGAUCGUCAAGAGAUCAACAUCCUUUGAUGCCUGAGAACUGAAAACUUGAUGAUGAUGGCUACUUGUUUUAUUUCUUUUUCUUUUUCUUUUUCCUACAUAUUUGUGAAUUCAGGUACAUUUUAUGAACCAAAAAAGUCUGACCAGUGGUCCCCGGGGUGCAGACACCUCUGCCUUCUCUAGGAAACAGCAGCGCACAGAAUGUCUUAUGUAAAAGGUCAGGGCGGAUGGGUUGGUCCUAAACCACAGGGUGUUUUCUUUGCAGACUUUCAUCCAGGA